AUGAGCAGCGCACCGUCUACCCCGGCGGGAAAGUCACGAUGGGGGCGCAUGGGAGGGGUCAUGCGUCGUGCAUCAACUGUGCUUGCGAUCUCUCGUCCUGGUACACCCUCUGAGGGUGUUGGCAGAGACAGCGACUCUGUUUCCCUCAGACGUUCAACUUCCAGGGAAAUUGUUCCUCAGCCCAUUACAUUAUCCCCUCCACCUCCGGGUGUCCAGCAAAAACUACCCACCCCCAUUGCAGAAAGCCCAGCAAGAGAGGCCGCUGCGACAACGGAACCAGAGCCUGCCGUUGGACCUUCGCCUCUAGCUCAACAGACUGUCGCGCCUGUAGUCACAGAGGAACCUGUCGAGAUGGCCGCUCCACCACCUGCUAAAGCUCCUGAAGAAGAACAGACGAGCCCAACUGGAUACAUCCCUCCCCCGGUCAUCGAUUCUACCGCUGGAAACCCUGGAGCAUUCACCGACAUCACAGAAUCACUUCCUCAAGCCGACGUCGUCAAAGAUCCUUUCGCACCUAGCCCUCCCAGCCAGCCAGCUCCUGUUGCGGAGGUUGCACAAGUUGUCGAGGAGCUUCCUGUGGCUCCUGUUGCAGAGGCUAGAGAGGUUGUGGAUGAGGUUCCAGCGGCCUCAACUCCGGAGGUCGCUCCCGUCGCCGAGGUAGUACCAGCUGUUGAACCUUCUGUCCCAGUCGAGGUUCCGCUUCCCCUAGCUGAAUCUCCUGCUCCAAUUAAGGAAGAAGAUGCACCGGAACCCGUUCAACCUACAGAGGCCAGCCACUCGUAUUUUGACAAACCGAUAGUGGAGAGCAUCCUAGACUUUGAGGUUGAGCCAUCCGUGGCGGAGCCUGUAGCAGACCAGGGUGAAGCAGCUCAGUAUAACAGUGGUCCUGGCAUGCCUGUUGCAGAGCCAUCUGUUGAAGUCGAGCCUCCAACCGAUUUGUCCCGCCAAGAACCAUCGGUCCCGACUUUCGUACCAGAUCAUCCUCCUGAACCGGAGCCGGUCACUCCAAUCCAUGAUGAGGCGGCCGUUCCUGUACCAGAGGUUGUUCAUGAAGCUGAGGAUACUGCACAAUCGCAACCAGAGCCCGAACGACAAGUUGUGGCCGAAAUUCUUGCGCCAACACCUACCGUUCCUGUCUAUCACGAUUCGCUUCCGUCGUAUAUGACCAUGGAUGAUGGACAUGCUGUAUGGGGUGGAGAUGUUAUGCAAUCUCAACCAGUGCAACAAGCACCAGACUUUCCUCAACCACAGCAGCAUGAGGAUGCGCCACCAGCUCGUAGCUCAGUGACCCCUAUCCCAAUUCCUGUUGUUCACGAGGCAGAAAGUAUCAGUCGACAGUCGAGCAUAGAAAUGCCCAACCCUCAUCCCGAACCUGAAUACACCGAUCCAUUCGCCGACCCAAUUCCUGCAAUUGUAGCUACAGACACUACUUUGGGUGAUGCUGUCCAUGAACCAUUGAUACCCGAGACGCAUCCUCAAAUGCCAGUUCCUUCUCAUGAAGACGUCAAAGGCACCAUUGUUAUGCCUUUACCGCCAUUCAACGAGGUCAUACCCUCAAGCGAGCGUCUUCCGCUUCUUUCGCGCCCUGUAUCUCCUAGCAAGAAGGUCCAUAGUCACAAUGGGGGCGCACACACUCAUCUUCAUACAUCUGGCGCAUUCACCCCCGCCAAUCACGCAUCGAUUUCUCCUCUUGCAGCACCAUCGACGUCAUGGGACCUCAUCAACAGCAGUAAACGCAACUAUGGCGCAUGUGACCAACUCAAGUUGCACGAGCUCGGCUGGCUGGAGUAUAGUCUCCCAGAUGGGACAGUUUACUACGUACACCCUACCCGCAAGGUGACAACGGAUGUGAACCUGCGCUCUGAAACCCUGUUGGAGGCAGUUGAGCUGUGGUUGGACGAAAGGAAAGGCCGGGAUGGUGAUAACGAAAACCUUGCUGGCAUCGAGGCAUGGUUGCGAGAAGUCAAGAACGUUGGCAAGAAGAAAACGGGUGGCGUGCAAGUUCAAGCCCCUGUUCGCAAAUCUGGUGCCUCUGGAAAGGGGAAAGGAGGUUCACUGACCUUCUACUUCGAGAGGUAUUGGGUGGAUCAUAAUGUGCGAACUGUGGUGAAAGACGACGCAGAAGAUCACCAUUUACAUACUGUUGGGCACGUACACGGAAAAGGCAAAAAGCAUACGAGUUCUUCAUCGAAGGCAACUCACGAAGAUCAACUUGACCUCGAAUAUCGUUUCUGGUCUUUCAUGGAGGUGUAUCCCGCUCAUUGCUCAUUGCCUAUCAAUUCCAAAAAAGAAGCUAUGGACAUACUGACCUGGGCAUGGACUGAUCGUCUCCUUCCUUCAGCGGCUCGUGCCAUUCCCUCGCCUUUCAAACAAGAAGAAUGUCAAGAAUUGAUGAACCUUCUCAAGUCUUUUGGACAUGAUCACCACGGCGAUAACGGCAUACAAACCCGCGUCGUCGCAAGGAUUCUCCUUCGCGUUGCUCAAUGGCGUCAAACCUACUUCCGGCCCAACAAGCCCCUGCCAACGGAUGUCAGUAAAGGACCCCAACUUGCGCCGCCUCCUCGUCGCCCCUUCACCAGGGCCCUUUUCGACUUCGUUGUCUCGUGUUUAUGUCUGGGAAUACCGUACCUAUUCAUUGAAAGGGCGCGUCUCUCGGCUCGCAUUGACGAGGAGUCUGGAAUGAUGCGUAGCGCGAGUCCGAUGGUUCUCAUUGGAGCAUGUACAUGCCUUGUGGCUGCGAUUGUCUUGAGCGCGUCGGUAACCUUCCUCUCUUUGCCAGGCUUGGACUCUUGGGCGCGGACUGCGGGCAUGGUUGCCGUUCUCUUCGCAACGUUCACGAUGGUGGCCACGGCUGUGGCUGUCCUCAGGCAUAAAGCGGAUCUGGAACGCCCACCGAGUGUAGGAAUCGAAGGCUUUAUGAUUAUCUCGAGGAGAUCUGUGGCUAUAUCCCUUCCAGUCGUCUUUUUGGCAUAUUCUAUCAUUGCAUUCAUCACUGCGAUCGUCCUCUACACAUUACGUGGCGCGGCGGUAACAGAUCCUUCCUCGCACAAACAUGCUUUCGAGGAUUAUACGAGGUGGACGGUAGUCGGCCUCGUCGGCACACUUGCAGGCAUUGUGACAAUUUCGAUGAUCAUCUUCCGCAAGUGA